CAAACUUUACCUUGAUCUUUUUUCUUUACUCCCUUUUUUAUUUCUUACAUGCCUUCAGAUUAUUUUUAUAUCAAAUCCAUUUCUACCGGAAAUGUUGUAUCAGCCAUCACACACGGAGAUCCCCUAAGAUCACAAGUCUUGGUAACCCCACCUACAUUAUCCGAUGCAGAGCUUUGGUACUGGAAAGGACAAUUUAUUUGCAACAAAGCCAACGGACUCGUUCUUGAUAUUCGUAAAGGACGCUUGAGAUUAAUUGAAGAUACUGAAAUUUGUUUGUAUCAUGCAAAGCCAUUGGAUGAAGCACACAACCAACUUUGGGGCGUUCGAAAUGACGCUGCUGAUGCUUAUGGAAAACCAUUGGUUGGAUCAUACAUUUAUUCUAUCGCAAGUAACGAGUGGGUACUUGAUAUUCAAGCAGCUGAAAAUGGAACACAAAAAUUAGUGUUAUUCCCACUUCAGCCCAUCGAUAAUGAUAAUCAACGCUGGUUAUUUGUCCCUGAAGGCGAAUUAUCCAUCCAAGAUACCAAAACAUCUUACUUUCCUACUCAUAUCAUGACACCCCCUGAUUCUAUUACUUCUUCACCUACCUACUCAACCUCCAGUCCAGACAUUUCUGAAUUUCCUCAAGGAUUGACACCCGCAAAACGAGGAUCACAUUCUGCUAUAUUCUCAAUGGAAGCAUUUAAAGAUUACCAUAACAGAGUAUAUGGUACACAAGAAGGGAAUAUUAGGUAAACAAUCCUUUAUCGUGGGUAAUUUCUUUAUUCUAAUCCGUUUCUCCAUAUAGUGAUAAAGGUAUUGCUAUGGCAUCUGCUUAUCAUAUCUUUCAAAAUUGGAAGCUAGAUCAGAUCACACAUGAUCCUAUGCCAUCAGCUGACAUCCGACAUCGACUCCAGA